UCAAUACACACACACACACACACACAAAGUGCCUCAAAAUUCCACAGAGGAAAAUGGCCCAACCUCAAUCAAUCUCCGAUCUGAAAACCCUAGUCAAUCCCUUAAUCUCCGAUCUCAAAACCCUAGAUAAUCCCUCAAUCUCCGACGACGAUAACAACAACAAACUCGUAGUUUUUGUUGAUGAUCAUGACGAUAAUUCCUCAGUUCCAGUCGUAGAUGAUUUCUACUUCUCAGCACUCUCCAACGAAAACGAAGAUCAGAUGUUCCCAAUUUCCGAUUCCAAGUACGCCGAAGAAUUGCAAUUGCAAGAAGCUCUCAUGUCUUCCGUAAUCGCUUCCAAAUCAUCUGUUCCGCCAUUGAUGAAGAUCGAUGAAAAAGCGAAAGCGGAAGAAGUCGGUGAAUCGUCUCACGGUUUCUGUGAGAUUUGCGUUGAGAAGAAAGAAGCCGAUGAGAUGUUCCGAAUCGAUACCUGUUCUCACUCCUUCUGUUCCGAUUGCAUAAGCAAGCAUGUUACGAUGAAGAUUCAAGACCACAUCACUGUCGUUUCGUGCCCUACUUGGGAUUGCAGUGGUGUUCUUCAGCUCGAUGAUUGUAGGCCGAGGAUGUCGAGGGAUGUGAUCGAGAGAUGGGAUGAGGUUUUGUGUGAAUCGAUGAUUCCUGCUUCGGAGAAAUUUUAUUGCCCUUUCAAGGACUGUUCGUUCAUGUUGGUGAAUGAUAACGGAGAAGAGGUGAUUAGGGAGUGUGAGUGUCCUAAGUGUCAUAGAUUGUUUUGUGCUCAGUGUUAUGUGCCUUGGCAUAGUGGGGUUGAGUGUGAAGAGUUUCAGAGAUUGAAUGAGGAUGAAAGAGGGAGAGAAGAUUUAAUGGUGAGAGAGCUUGCUAAGAGUAGCAGCUGGAUGAGAUGUCCUCACUGCAAAUUUUAUGUUGAAAAAACAGAGGGUUGUUUGCACAUGACCUGCAGGUGUGGAUUUCAAUUCUGCUAUGCAUGUGGAGAAACUUGGAGUCAAACUCAUGGUGGUUGUAGACCAUGAUUGGUAGAUUGACAGUGACUUUUUUACUUUGAUGUUAAUAGUGAUCAAUGUUUUCUAUUUGAGAUCUAAGAAGAUCUAAGAACCCUUUUGAUUUGCUCUGAUGCUAAAUGUUAUCUACUUGAGGUCCAAUAUGCUUUCUUUGUCUCUGUUUUACUAUUUAUGUAGAUAAAGGAAUGAACACAAAUGUGGAAUUAACAAACAUGAACAUAAAUGAAGUCACAGAUGUGUGUUUGAAAUCUUC